UUGUCCAUUUGUCCAUCUCCGACUUUCCUACCAUUUACUAUACUAUAUCUACUUCAACCUCUACUCCAACCAACCCAACAGACCAGAAUCGAUGCGUCUCUCCCAUCGACAUCUCCUCCGCACCCCUGUCCCCCAAACAACCAGAAUCCCCCCCACCGAACCAUGGCCUCCGAAUCCAAGUUCGCGCACCUCCCCCGCGCCACGUCCUCGCCGUUGGAGUGUCCGCACCAGGGCCCCUCCCUCCUCCACAACGCCCAUUUCAACAAAGGCUCCGCGUUCCCCACCCCCGAACGCCAAACCUUCAACCUGCACGGCCUGCUGCCGCCGCACGUCCAGACCCUGGACGAGCAGGUCGAACGCGCCUACCAGCAGUAUAGCAGUCGGGGGGACGAUCUGGCCAAGAAUACCUUCAUGGCGAGCAUGAAGGCGCAGAAUGAGGUUUUGUAUUAUAAGCUGAUCCAAACGCACCUCAAGGAGAUGUUCGGGGUGAUAUACACCCCCACCGAGGCGGAGGCGAUCCGGAACUACUCGCGGCUGUUCCGCAAGCCGGAGGGGUGUUUUCUCAACAUCCGGGACCGGGGCGUCGAGGGUGUAUUGAGGAAUUUCGAGACGAGGGAUGAGGUGGAUUAUAUUGUUGUGAGCGAUGGGGAGCAGAUUCUCGGCAUCGGCGACCAAGGCGUGGGCGCCAUUCUGAUCUCGUCGGCCAAGUUGGCGAUUACCACCAUCUGCGGCGGGAUUCACCCGGCGAGGCAGUUGCCUGUGGUGUUGGAUUGUGGGACGGAUAACGAGGAAUUGCUCAACGACGAGCUGUAUCUCGGGCUGAAGCAGCCACGGGUGCGAGGGAAGGAGUACGAUGAUUUCGUCGAGGAGUUUGUUCGCGCUGCGAGGAAGAGGUUUCCGAAGGCGUAUAUCCAUUUCUCACUGUAUCUCAGCGAGGACUUCGGUCUCCAGAACGCGAAGCGCAUUCUGGAGAAAUACUGCACGGAGAUCCCCUGCUUCAACGACGACAUCCAGGGGACGGGCUGCGUCACGCUGGCCGCCCUGCUCACCGGUCUACACGUGAGCAAGGUCAAAUUGGAAGACGUCCGAGUCAUCUGUUUCGGCUCCGGGUCUGCUGGGACAGGCAUUGCGGAUCAGAUCAGCGAUGCCAUCGCCACGGAGACGGGGAAAUCCAAGGAGGACGCGAUGAAGCAGAUCUGGUGCAUCGAUAAGCCCGGCCUUCUCCUCAAGUCUCACGGCGACAGACUCACAACAUCGCAAGCCCCCUUCGCCCGAGAAGACCGCGAGUGGACUGACGCCGAGGGCGUGGAUCUGCUCUCGGUGGUGAAGAAAGUGCAACCUCAUGUCCUGAUCGGCACGUCCACGAAACCCGGCGCUUUCACCCAGGAAGUCAUCACGGAGAUGGCCAAGCACGUCGACCAGCCCAUCGUCUUCCCAUUGAGCAACCCCACCCGUCUCCAUGAGGCCCAGCCCCAGGAUAUCAAUACCUGGACGGAAGGCCGCGCCCUGAUCGCCACGGGCAGUCCGUUCCCCGCCGUCGAGUAUAACGGUGUCACGAAGGAGAUUGCGGAAUGCAACAACUCCACCGCCUUCCCGGGCAUCGGCCUCGGGGCCGUCCUCUCCCGAACGCGGCUAUUAUCGAAGAAGAUGAUCGUGGCGGCGUCGAAAGCGCUCGCCGCGCAGGCUCCCGCGCUGAAAGAUGACACGAAGCCGUUGCUCGCGGACGUCGAAGAUGUGCGGGAGCUGAGCGUGAAUGUUGCCAAGGCUGCUAUCCAGGCCGCUGUGGAGGAGGGAUUGGCGCAGGAAGAGGGCAUCCCCGGCGAGGAGGACCUGGAGGAGUGGAUUCGCGUGCAGAUGUGGGAGCCGCGGUAUCGGGAGUUGAAGAAGGUGGGGAGGGAGGAUUAUUGACUUGUGUGAUAUAUGAUAUAUAUGAAUGAUAUAUUGAAAGGGGGGGUAUAUAGGUUUCGUGGGGUUUGUAUAGCGCGAAGGUGAAGAUGGGUGGGUGUGGUGUGGUGUGGUGUGAUGUUAUUGAUGGUAUGAAUACAGUAGUAG